GAGUGUUUGUGUCGCAACUUAUUUUGUAUUUGUGGCUAUCAAUAAGUACUACAAAUACAGAACACACGAGGAUACUUCCUUGAAGGACACCUAUGUUGACUUUCCAGCUGUAACUGUGUGCAGACUGGAUGAUGAUGGUUUAAGUAGACUUAGAAGCCACCAUGCACCUGACAAGGGUGAUGCUGAACUUAUGAUACAAGAUGUGAAUGUUUUAAAGAAAAUUAUUGAUAGCCUUAAGGAUCUUGAUCUAUUCCCACUUCUCAGUAAAAAUGUACAAAGAUUACUGGAUCCCCAAACUGUUCUACAAGCAUUCCCUGCAAUCGCAGAGUAUUUGACUUAUGAUUAUGAGCGCUUUAUUGUGUCAUGUCAGUUCAAAGACCAGGAUUGUAAUAAAACACACUUUGUGGAAAAAAUGAAUGGUAAAUAUUUCAAUUGUUUCACGUUCAACCAUUCUGGAAUUAUCAAGAAAGAAGGCCCAACAUCAGGUCUUUCCUUGGUAUUUUACUUGGACACACUUCAAGAAAAUGAACUUAUAGACAUCUCAUUGGAAGAUUCAGCCAUGAGGUUUACCGAUUCUGGAAUUAAAGUGGCAAUACAUGAACCAAAUACAAUUCCAGACAUGAUAAAUGAUGGAUUUAUUGUUGCCCUUGGUCAUUCUACAAAUAUUGCCGUGAAGCAGUCCGUAUUUGAGAAGAUGGAGUCUCCCUGGGGAGAAUGUGAUAAGUCGAGAGUGAAGAUAACUGACAUUGCCAAUGAAGACACAGAUGUUGUAUACAACCAGAAAACAUGUAUGAAGAUCUGCCAGCAGAGAUACAUUCAAGGAAAAUGUGGAUGUCUUAACAUAAUGCUCCCAGUCCCAAAUGAUUUGAAAAAUGAGAAAUACUGUUUUUAUAUUGACCAAGAUAAUAUCCUUCAAAAUCCUAACUGGACACAUCUUUUUCUGGAGGAACUGAAACAUGUGGAUUGUGAAAAUAAGCACCUUUUGGAUCUACCAGACUCCUAUGUUGGCCAGUAUAAAUGUGACUGUCCCCUGUCUUGCAGUUACAAAACAUAUGAUUCUCUAAUUUCACAGGCGAAUUGGCCACCCC